UUAGGGUUAGAUUGUAAUUUUUUUUUUUUUGACGGAUUACAGGCACUACCAAACCAACAAACCGUAGAUUAUCCAAGCUUCAAGCUUGUAAUUGUGGGUGAUGGAGGAACUGGAAAGACAACUUUUGUCAAAAGGCAUCUCACUGGUGAAUUCGAGAAAAAAUAUGAACCCACUAUCGGUGUGGAGGUUCACCCAUUAGACUUCUUCACAAAUUGUGGGAAACUUCGCUUUUAUUGCUGGGAUACUGCUGGACAAGAGAAGUUUGGAGGUCUUCGGGAUGGCUACUACAUUCAUGGGCAAUGUGCAAUUAUCAUGUUUGAUGUUACAGCCCGUCUGACCUACAAGAAUGUUCCUACGUGGCAUAGAGAUCUUUGCAGGGUUUGUGAGAACAUUCCCAUUGUUCUCUGUGGAAACAAAGUUGAUGUCAAGAACAGGCAGGUUAAGGCAAAGCAAGUUACCUUCCACAGGAAGAAAAAUUUGCAAUACUAUGAAAUCUCAGCGAAGAGUAACUACAACUUUGAGAAGCCUUUUCUGUACCUUGCUAGAAAGCUUGCUGGGGAUGCUAAUCUUCACUUUGUGGAAUCACCUGCACUUGCUCCCCCAGAAGUACAAAUUGACUUAGCUGCACAGCAACUGCACGAACAAGAGCUUGCGCAAGCCCUUAAUCAGCCUCUUCCAGAUGAUGAUGAUGACACAUUUGAAUAGAAGGCAUAGCUCAGAGCCGAUCAAUUUCACCCUUGCACCUUUCUAUAUUCCUAGUCCUUAAAUUUUCUAUAUUAGGACUUCAGUCUUUGUCGUUUGAGUAUUUGUUUGCUGCUUCCUAGUAUUAUAGAUUGGUUAUUAGAUAUGUUUGUCUGAGACCAUGAGGCUGUGGUUUAUUAGGGUAGAUAGUGUUAUAUCCUGAUCCUGAUGUAAUCGCGCACUUUGUCGAGGCUCUGUUUGAGCUUGUUAUAAUAUUACUUGCCUACAUAUUCGACAUUUCAGAAA